UGGAAAGUGAAACGUUGCGUUUCACCUGAUCGGUCGGUCGGUGGGGGUCGUAGGCUACGGCGAAGAUGUGGGGAUCACGCGGUAGUUUGCAGAUGUUGACCCACUAACAUUCUCCUCCGUUACUCGGCGGGCGAACGGUCUCGUUAAUCUAAGUGUGCUCGAAUAUUCACCGAUGGUGAAGCGGGAACAACGGAUAACGUCAAGAUGCGCAGGAAUCGCGGCAUCCUGCUGUGGCUCUCGACGUGCCUGACUGUGGUGUUCGUCGUCCUAAAAUCCUCCACCGAGCUGCUCGGCUCCGCUUUGCCCAUUGUCGAAAAAAGUGACUCGCUCCGGGAACGGGAGGAGUCACGCGUCGACGAUCGAUGGAUCGCUCGUAAUCAGACACAACGAUACGUCACACCGUCCCUCGCUGAAUUGAGCGGUCGUGGACGCUUGCCGUACAUGUACAAGCACGUGCUUAUGCUGACGCGCGUACCUGGCGCAGGUGGCGAGCUGAUGGUGCUGAUCCUGCAGCGUCUGCAGGGUUACAACGCCUUCAAGCACAUACGCCUGCCAUCGGGCGAUCACGGGCUGCUCUCGACUUUACAACAAGAAUUGUUGGUAGAGGAGAUGACGAGCAUCAUCAAGCAGGAAGCCAUUCCCUUGAGCUUCGACGGAGACGUGAGGUUCCUGAAUUUCUCCGAAUUCGGACGACAAGGGCCCAGUUUCAUAUCUCUAGUGAGAGAUCCGCUGGAUCCACGUGUCUGGCAAAGGCACGGAAAAGGGGAUGAAGGAGCGCUCUACCGCGGCGCCAUACCUCAUUUCUGCGGACAGGAACCUCGUUGCCUGGAACAGAACAACACGUGGGCGUUGGCGCGAGCGAAGGCGAACGUCGUCCGAUGGUAUCCCGUCGUCGGCAUAUUGGAUUACAUGGAAGAGUCGUUAGACGCGUUCGCGCUCGAAUUUCCUUAUUUCUUUAAAGGCGCCGCUCGUAUUUACGAGCAGUUUCGGCCAAGGGAGAAGCGCCCGGCCGUCUCAACGGUGCCUCUCAAGCUACGCGUCAAAGACGCGUCCCUGAGGAUAGCGCUCGCGCAAGAAGUGGAGUUUUAUCAUUGGUUGAAGUCCCGACUACUCAACAAAACCUUCAACAACGGUUAAUGAUGCAAUCAUCCGGUCGGGAGAGUAUUCUAAAGUCGGCAGCGAAGCUUGAACGAUGCCAAACGCGCUGUCGCUGCAUUACAAGGAUACAGACUGGGAGGUAGAGGGAAAGGAACUUCUAGAAGUCACGAUCUUGUCGUUAGCGCAGCAAAGAGUCGCAAAUGUGAACUUGUCGUGCCGUCUAGAAGUUGAAUGUGCGAUUAAUGUGUACCGCGUUUUGACGUGGAAGAUAAAUCGUCGUAGUUACAAGAAGGCGCAUGCGACGAAGUGAAUUCUCGUAAAACACAGUUGUAAUCUUCUUUUCUUUUAUUUUAGCUUUUUUUUACGUCAAUCUAUUUUAAUAAACGUCGAAUAAAUACAGAGCGGUACAAAGAAA